GGGAGAAGGGGGAGGCAGGGGGAAGGAGGAGACAGAAGAGGAGGAGGGACUGCAGGGUGGAGGGGGAGAUAGAUCCAGCCCAGAGCUCUGAGUGAUUUCCUGUUGCCGGGCUCUAAACCCCUUCACAUUCCUGCAGACCUUCAGACUGCCCGGAGAGCAUUCCGCCUGCCGCCUGGCCUGCCUGCCACCGAGAGUUCCCAGCACCAUGAGGGCCUGGAUCUUCUUCCUCCUUUGCCUGGCCGGAAGGGCCUUAGCAGUACCUCAGGAAGCCCUGCCCGAUGAGACAGAGGUGGUGGAGGAGACCGUGGCUGAGGGGACCGAGGUAACUGUGGGAGCCAACCCCGUCCAGGUGGAAGUAGGAGAAUUUGAUGACGGUGCUGAGGAAGCUGAGGAGGAGGUGGUGGCUGAAAACCCCUGCCAGAACCACCACUGCAAACACGGCAAGGUGUGCGAGCUGGAUGAGAACAACAGCCCCAUGUGUGUGUGCCAGGACCCUACCAGCUGCCCCGCCCCCAUUGGCGAGUUUGAGAAGGUGUGCAGCAAUGACAACAAGACCUUCGACUCUUCCUGCCACUUCUUUGCCACAAAGUGCACCCUGGAGGGCACCAAGAAGGGCCACAAACUCCAUCUGGACUACAUUGGACCUUGCAAAUACAUCCCCCCCUGCCUGGACUCUGAGCUGACUGAAUUCCCCCUGCGCAUGCGUGACUGGCUCAAGAACGUUCUGGUCACCCUGUACGAACGGGAUGAAGGCAACAACCUUCUGACUGAGAAGCAGAAGCUGCGAGUGAAGAAGAUCCAUGAGAACGAGAAACGCCUGGAGGCUGGAGACCACCCCGUGGAGCUGCUGGCCCGAGACUUCGAGAAGAACUACAACAUGUACAUCUUCCCCGUGCACUGGCAGUUCGGCCAGCUGGACCAGCACCCCAUUGAUGGGUAUCUGUCCCACACCGAGCUGGCCCCACUGCGUGCCCCCCUCAUCCCCAUGGAGCACUGCACCACCCGCUUCUUUGAGACCUGUGACCUGGACCAUGACAAGUACAUCGCCCUGGACGAGUGGGCCGGCUGCUUCGGCAUCAAGGAGCAGGAUAUCGACAAGGAUCUUGUCAUCUAAAUCCAUGCCUCCUUCCACAGUACCCGGAUUCUUUCUCUUUGACCUUCCCCUUCCUGUUUCUCCCAAAAAUGUUUAAAAUGUUUGGAUGGUUUGUGGUUCUGCCUGGGGACAAGGUGCUAAUAUAGUUUAAACGAAUAUAUUAACGGUGCUAAAAAUGGAAAUUGUAACCCAAGUCAUGACACCCAUAGUUGUAACUCGACUAUCAAGGCCUGUUGCUCACCCACUAACAGCCCCGUUUUUCUCUUGCCUUUUGCAGCAUUGCCCAUUGUCUUGCUGGCUUAUGGGUGGAAACUUUGAUCUGCUCAGGUCUGCCUUAAACACACAUUACAUCUUCAGAGUCUCUCUCUUUCUGUGUUUGAAACUAAUACUCACCAAAUCAGACUUUGUGUUAAUUUUAUUUGAGGGUGUUGGCUGCCUGGGGGAUCUUCCCUAGACAGUCCGGAGGUGGGUAAAGGGAAGUAAUGGACAUGUGAUGUUGGCAAGGAUGUUUCUGGGACUAGAGGACCAGUGGUAGGGGAACCCCUGCAGAACCCACUAACCAGAUCCUCAGAGAGCAAGUCUUGCUUACCUGGGGCUGCAACUGAGAGAAAGAAUCUGGGGCCGCCAAGUUAUGAAAAUACAUAAGCUCUUACAUAAACCCAGGCCCUCACCAUUUUCCCCCUUACUUUUCAGUGCAGUUGCUCUUCACAUUAGGCUGUUUGUUCAAACUUUUGGGAGCCGCGGACCACCUGCAAAGCCCAUGGAGGUGCUCUACCACCUCCCACAAAGCUUCUCUUCUCCUAACUGUCUUGGGGAAAUGCAGGCUUCUCCUGGGGGGCUGUAGGGACUGGGAGGCUGUUUGAGCCAGGAAGGCCAAAAUCAAGAGAUACAGAACGUUGUAAAAUAGAAGUGGAGCUGGUGAUUUUUUUUCCUUCCACAUUUGGGUGGCUGUCAUGAGGAGUUUUUCCUUUGGUUUCUAGCAUGUUCUUCCUUUAUUCCCCCUCCCUUUUUUCUUCUAUUAAUCAAGAGAAAACUUCAAAGUCAAUGGGAUGGUCGGAUCUCACAGGCUGAGAACUCGUUCACCUCCAAGCAUUUCAUGAAAAAGCUGCUUCUCAUUAAUCGUGCAAACUCUCGCCAUGAUGUGAUGAGUUUGACAAAUCUUUCAAAAUAAAAAGUAACGACUAAGAAACUGCUCUCCUGAGUGAUUCUGCAUAUGUCUUAGUCACUUCAGUAUCCUAACACACAAACACAUGUGCGUACAUGUUCACACAAGGCUACUCAAAUGAAAACCUUAGCAGACACAUCAUUAUGCUUUUGUACACACA